AUGCAGAAGGCAGUGGAGGAACCGCCACUGGAGAGAUUAACUGAUGUUGUGGAUGACCACCGAGGAGCUCAUCGGCCCGAGGAGAAAGAUCCAAGCGCAGCAAGGACGUCCGGAGCUCCGCCACCUUACGACAAGCGCUUCGGUGCUGAACAGCUGAGUCCGGGUGACUCUGUUGUCACUUUGGGAUCAAAAGCACGGGCCGGCGGACCUCAUUUCACCAGACCGCCCUUGUACAAACAGACGCCCAGCGUCCGCGUCACGUCAGACCACGGUCCGACUGACGCAAAAACGUCCUCCGGCCAAGGCGCUAUUUCAAACCCAUGGACUGAGUGUCCGCAGGCAGUCUCAGCGGUCCAACCUUGCUCAGCGCAGCUGGAGCAAGAGUCGCCCGAGGCGUUGAGAGCAGAGGAUCUCAGCGAUUCAUCCCUUGAUUUCGAUGUGACUUUGCUUCCUGAACUUCCAGAACUUCAAAACCCGGAAGUGCCAAGAGUAUUGCAUCAAGAUGAAACUACACCCUUGCUCAUGAAGAGGCAAAUGUUCAGCAAGAAUGAGCUGCGAGCUGCUAAUCGGGCGCCCUUCCUGAAUGCAAUCGAGAAGUAUCAGGCAAAGAUUGUUGAAGCGCUUGCAGGCAUUCCCACUGCCUCUCCAGGUAGUCCACCUACGCAGAUGGUUCUGCAUAAUUGCCUUUUCCAAGCAGAUCUUCGCACGCCAGUCGUUCACCAUGUGCGUUUUGCCUUUGAUCAUGUUUUUGGCGACGAAGUCAGUGACGAGGAAGUGUACAGGGCCUCGGCAUCAAACUUGGUUGAAUCCACGAAGGAAGGCCGUGCGAACACCAUCUUGAUGUUUGGGCAGACUGGCAGUGGGAAGACUCACACGAUGAAGGCGAUCGAACACCUUUGCGCAAAAGACCUGUUCCAAAGUGGAUGUCAAAUGUCCUUGACAUUUGUAGAGCUUCGAGGUUCACGCUGCUUUGACCUGCUGCUGCCGCACCUCCCAGAGGUGCGGCUGCGGGAGCAAAAAAAGGGUGACAGGAAAGAGGAGAGCUCAGCCUUUGUCCCAGAUGGAGCGCAUGAGCUACAGGUCGAAAGCCCCGAGGCAUUGCUGGCCAUAUUCCAAGCGGCGCGACAUCGGAGAGCCACGAGCGCGACGGAGGCCAAUGAUGAGAGCUCCCGCAGUCAUGCAAUUUGCACUCUGCGUCUGGGCAGAUCUUGCUCUCAAAGCUUUGCGACCGGGCGCAGCGGUGGGUGCGGUGGUUCUUUGACAUUAGUGGAUUGUGCUGGUACAGAGCGGAGAAAGGAUUCAGCGAAUCAUACCCGAGAGAGGCAGCAAGAAGGGGCUGAGAUCAAUGCAUCACUGCAUGCCCUCAAGGAGUGCAUUCGUUUCAUGUCUAAGGGCCAUCGAAUUCCUUCGCAUGCCUUUCGGGCAUCGGCGCUCACCAAGCUACUGGCCACGUCCCUGUCUUCUGCAGACACCAGGCUCUCAGUCAUUUGCACCGUUGCACCGGCUGCAUCUGAUACGGAGCAUACUCUUUCGACCCUUCGAACCGGAAUGACCUUGCGAGUCAAGGCACCUGAACAAGAUGUGGAAAAGGAAGUGCUGCCAAAUAUCACCAAGCAGCGAGAUCCGCAUCCUCGCCAGUGGUCACCGCAACAAGUUCAAGCUUGGCUCAGGCAGCUGGAAGAUGGUCUUUUUGCCGACGUGUGCUCCACCCUGCCUGCAGAAUUCACUGGUCAAAUGCUGGUGCGCCUCAGCGAGGGGCAUUGCGUCCAGCUGUGUGGGUCAGAAAGCCGAGGUCGUUUGCUCUUUGAUUUGCUGCAUCAAGCAAUGCGGGGCUCUGACUCGACACGGCGAUGA